ACCGUACGUAUAAUAUUCCGCCCCAACAACCUUGCCCUCCUUCCCAAAACGUUCGCCGACGGACUGAGCAAGUUUGACAGCAUCUACGACACCAUGCAACUGCACCGAAAUGGCAGCCACUCCAUCGACGGCAAGGACUGAAUUCUUCAAAGAGCUCAAACCACGCUGCGUUGCCAUCAAUGACCUUGCUGUCAAGGCACCAGAUAAGCGCGCGGUCGCUAAGCAGCUGAUCGCAAUCAUCAGGGACCUUUCAGAUGUCCUUGAAACGCAGAUAACGAAGGAUGCGUCAGUUCUGGAUGAGAAGCUGGCAGAUUAUGUUUUCUUUCCGUUGUCUAAUAUCCUGAGGAAUCAGCAGCAGUUUCCGUUGAGGUUGACAGAGCUUACAAUCAGGUGUCUCGAGAGGCUCAUCCAAUAUGGCUGGAAAAAUAAGAUAUCCGGUGAUCUGUCACAACAACUACUCAUUUUCCUCACGUACGUGAUCGGUGGGGUGCCAGGCCAACAGAAGCCUGAGGCUAUUCCCGAGGAGACAACGCUCGAAGCUCUAAAAGCUCUCGCAUCGCUGGUUACAGCUACCGGCGCUUCAACAUCGGGAUCAAAGAGCCUCGUUGAUGAUAAAAACCUACCCGCUUUGGGCCAUACAGUCACGACUAUCAUGGAUACUAUCACCAAGGGCGGAACUGCAGAAAUACAGCUUGAGUCUCUACAGGUAUUGGACGCUGUCAUUACAGGAGUCAAGGACCCUGUAGUGCUAGCGACAUUCUUGCCGGGAAUCAUCUCUUCUCUGAGCAGACUAUUGACACCACCGCCUGCAUGGAAAGUACCCAAAAAAGUGCUUGUCAAGGGUAUCGUUGUGUUGAGGUCUAUUCUCGUGGGCGUUUUAGGCGACAUUAAAAUCACAAAGCUGCUUAAGAAAACGGCGGAGCCCGAAAAUAUUGGCGAUGCAAAGACUAAGGGUCGAGUCUUCACAGUUUCCUGGCUGAAGGCUACAGCGGAACAAAUCAAGCUUGCACUUGCGAGUAUACUCAAGUUACGAGUGCACAAAGCUGAGGAUGUUCAACUGGGUCUUGAAAGAUUGUGUGUUGCCUUACUGGACGAGUGCCAUCAGUCUCUAUCGAUAUGUGCUCAAAUUCUGGUAGAAACCGCUAUAAUACUGUCCAUGGAAGACGAGAAUCAUUCGCUGCUGAACGCAGGCUUGAACACAAGCUUGUCGGACUUGACGGGCAUCUACCCGGAGCUCACAGACACGGUCAAGACGACCGUAUAUAAUUGGGUCACAAGUCUGCCGCGCAUAAUGCAGUCCAGUGAUGAAGAACUCCAACAGCAGGCGAUUCGAAAUCUUCUGAAGGGUCAAAGUCUUAUAAGCUCAUUACGCAUUGAUUCAACAACUCUGAAUAACACUAUGGCUGCUUCCUUGAGGGACAGUGUAUCAGCCUUACUGGCCUCGAGCAGUCGAACGUCCAAUCUAGCAGAAUUACCCCCCACAGAGCUCGUUCUUGGCAACAACAAUAGCAACCAGCCUAAAGAACCCAUACAAUUCCGCCCUUUCCUGAUGGACCAGACAAACCAAAGAUCCACGCGCACCGAAAUGUUGACACUUAUUUCGAAAAGUGGCACGUUCUCGCAGCAUGCAGUAUUGGCGGCAGAUAUGCUCGAAUAUUUACGUGAGUCUACUGGCAACACACAAGUUGCAUCGUACUGGCUAGCAUUUGAACUUGUGAAAGCCGGUCUGAGUUCAUCCUCAGAUCUUGAUCAGUUCAUAGACUUUGGCCCUGCAGCGGAAGUUGGUGAAAGUCAUGAACAAGUACUCCAAGAGCUGUAUACAUUCUCCAUCACAGUCCUCAAUGCCACAGAAGAGUCAGAGGAGCCUGACUGGCGGUUGCCGUCAUUGGCUUUGGAAGUAACAGCUUUUGCUGCAUCAAGGAUGAAAAUCAAUUUUCGUCCAGAGCUUAUCGAUGUGCUGUACCCCAUAGCAACAUAUUUAGGCUCAAGCGUCCCUCAGGUGCGGGAGCAUGCUAUCAUGGCGCUCAACAGCAUAGCGUCGUCCUGCGACUACAACAAUGUGGCGGAUCUGGUUAUCGAGAAUGUCGACUACAUGCUGAACUCGGUUUCCCUACGUCUGAACACCUUUGAUAUCUCUCCGGCUUCUACCCAAGUUCUACGCAUGAUGAUUAAGCUGACUGGCCCGAGAAUAAUACCGUUCUUGGACGACGUCGUAGCAUCGAUCUUUGGUGCGCUGGAUAACUAUCACGGAUACACUCUUUUUGUCGAGAACCUCUUUGCUGUUCUUGCUGAGAUAGUAAGGCAAGGCGCUAAGUCGGACCAGCUGCUUCUAGAAGAUCCUGAUAGACCCAUAUCGGAUCACAUAAAACUACCGCUGCAGAUCACCAAGGUCGAGGAAAUCAUGGCAGAUCUUGACAAACGCGCGGAAAGAAAAAGGCGGCGGCGGGAGGAAGAAAAUGACGUUGAGCGAAUCAGUCACCCCAAGAAGCCUUGGAAGCGCAGGGAGGACCAAGGUGAAACAGCAGGCGAACACGAUGGUCUUGAGGAGGGAUCAGGUCAAGAGGUCGAAAAGAAGCCGCCGCCCAAGACUCCGACAUAUUCACUCCUCACACGAAUCACGGGUUUCACGCAGCAUUAUCUUACUUCUCCAACCCCUACGCUGCGAAAGUCGCUACUGGAUCUCCUUGGUAUUGUUUGUCCAGCACUAUCGCCAGAUGAGGAGGCUUUUCUCCCAGUUGUCAAUACCAUAUGGCCUGUUUUGGUAGAGCGCCUCUACGAUCCCGAGUCAUUCGUUGUGAUAUCGGCAUGCAAAGCGCUCACUGCCUUGUGUAACAGCGCGGGCGACUUUCUAAGCUCAAGGAUCGAAACAGAGUGGUCAGAUGGUCUAGCAAAGUGGAUUAAAAAGGCAAAGAAUAAUGCGACGCAAAGCUCCCGAAUCUCCAGUCGAAAGACCAUUGAAACCCGGAGUUCCGUGCAAGUAGUUGGACCACCGACUUCCGAGCUUGUUAUACCGAUCCGAUCAGCAGAUGGUCUUCAGGCAAAGGAACCAUUGCAAAGUAUGAAUCUCAGCAUCGCCUCUCAACCUAGUGGGGCAGGUCUGGGAGAAUUUACGCAAGCGCGGCAGAUAUGGGAAGCUGUACAAGAUCUGCUAGUCGGUAUCGUUUCGUUCGUCCGCGUUGGUGACGAUGUGUUCGAACAAAUUCUUGCGCUCUUCGGCAGUGAGGGCCUCGUCAGCAACGAGACAGCAAGGAAGGCUUUUGAGGUUGUGAACGCCGACGCGGUUUGGUUGGUGUUGUUCGAGACUGGGCGAGAAGAGGUGCCGCAGCCGCCUCCUGACGCCGUGCGGGGUAUGAAGUUUAUGGAAUUGCAGAUAUCAUAACAAGAUUUCGUAGUAUCGUUAUUAGGCUUAGCUAUAGACGCCUGACGCGUGAUAUACAGCCUUUCGCCCAAAGAUCCAGACCUUCUUCUUGCAGUAUGACCUAGGAGCGCAGUAUGGUAUAUGUCGUGAUCUCUAUUCCUUGCCUAAGCACUAGUGAAUGCCAUGGAACAUAAUGACAUGGUGUAAAAACAACAGUCCUAUCUAUUUAGAGUUGGGAUAGGUCCAGCAGUAGUCGUUACUAGCACAAAGCGCGACCAUUCCCCGCGAGCUAGUCACGCACUGAAUCUCCGACACUUAACAGUAGAGUCAGGGAGGCCCAAGGGGUUGAGGGUCUACGAUGGGCAGUCCGCCGGAUGAUCCUGACAUGGGGGGCGCGCUGACCAUUACAAAGUGGGCAGGCAUAUGCGGAUGAUAGCUAGUAUCCCGAUCUGCUUACGAGUCACGAGUUGGGCCACG